UCUCUCUCUCUCUCUCUCUCUCUCUCUCUUUGAUUUCCCUUUUGUUCAAUUUAUUUCUUGUACUUUUUUUCCCUUUUCUUUCUUGUACUUUUUUAAUGACCGCGCUCGAUUACCAAUACAAUUAUAAGAAAAUACAUGCCUUUGUCCGGUUUUACUAUCAGUUUGCCGAGCUGCAUGCUGAUAAAGUGUUUAUUCGCUACCCUGUGACCAAUGCGGAAGGCCAGGUUGACUACAAGACCAUGACUUACCGGGAUAUUGAUCGUAUGUCGACCAAUUUGGCGUGUCAAUGGAAGGAACUCAAGACCAAGGAAGUCGUCGGUUUGAUGUGCGAUCACAGCCUCCAAUAUCUUCUCUGUGUGCUGGCGGUGCUCAAGCUGCGCGUGCCCUUGCUGUGUAUCUCUCCUCGAAAUUCCGAAGCAGCCGUGGUUCAUUUGAUUAGCAAGACCAACUGUCAACGCAUCAUCGCUACGGAUAAGUAUAUUGACGAGGCGAACAGUGCUGUGCUUGAGAAACAAGACUGUGAUACCCAACUUUACCCCGAACUGGAUUUGGAAGCACUGCGUCAGGAACCAGUGAACGCGCAAGCCGAAACAGUAAUUGAUCGUUCAUUUUCGGAGGCCGAUGAAGAGAAAUUGGCCAUCAUUAUGCACAGUUCCGGAUCCACUUCGUUCCCCAAACCAUUACGCCUUAGCAAUCGGUACUUGAUUCAAUUUAUCCAGUACUUCCAGAUUGCCAUUCACAGCCAGGAACCCAAGUUGCCUUACAAUGAAGAAUCGGUCAUGAUGCCUACGUUGCCCAUAUUUCACGGUUUCGGAUUCAACUCCAUUUUGAAUAUGAUGACCGUGGGUGGUAGUGCGGUUUUCUUACCUCAACUUCCUCCUACGCCCCAAGAACUUGAUUCGGCCAUCCGUGCGAAUAAGGCAACCUUGAUGGUUACACCACCUAUUGUCCUUGAGCAUAUGAUCCCCUAUCUUCAAGAAACCCACAACUUCUCAGGCAUGCAACAACUGAAACUCGUUCUCUUUGGUGGUGCAACGCUCAAGCCAUCUUCUGCUGAAUACUUGCUCGACCAUCAGAUUAAUGUUCGCGCAUGCUAUGGUACAACAGAGUUUGGUCCGGCCGCCAAUCCUUCAUUUGAUCUCAAGAACCGCGCUUGGGACUGUGUGACGUUUAUUCCUACCUUGAAAAAGUACAUUGAAUGGGAGCCCGUAGAGGAGGAAGGUCCUGAUGUGUAUCAUAUGGUUGUAAAAGCCGGGUGUCCUCUUUUCGCGACCGGAAUUGCCAACCGAGAAAACGGCGAUUACGGUACCAGCGAUGUGUUUAGAGAAACACCACCAGGCUCCGGUUUCUACAUCUAUGUUGAACGAAAUGACGACACUAUCACUUUGCAAAAUGGUGAAAAAACCAACCCUGUGCCCAUGGAAAAUACUAUCCGCUCAGAACCUCUUGUAAAGCAAUGCGUCGUGUUUGGUUCAAAGCGUCAAUGUGUGGGUGUCUUGGUCGAGCUGGACAUGGAAGUCGCCGUUCAGUACAGCCCUGCAGAAAUGAUACAGAUCGUGGACCGCAUUGUCAAGGUGGCCAACAAGGAUGCUCCAGGAUUUAGCCGGUUGUUGCCUCAGAUGAUCCGAAUUUUGCCUCUCAACAAACAGUUGCCGUGUACGGACAAGGGAACCAUUAUCCGUAAACGAGCGGCUGCCCAGUACGCCGAGCUUAUUGAUACCAUGUAUGAGGAAUUGCUGACCGGCAGACAAGUUGCGCACACCGAGGUUAAUGUGAGAUCCGCCAAAGACGUUACAAACUUUAUCGUCAACGCUGCUGCUGAAGUGUUGGAGAAACCUGUUUCCGUCAUUGCUCAAGACCCUAGCCGAUCAUUGUUUGACUUUGGUCUUGAUUCGCUCCUUUCUAUCCAACUGCGUAAUCGUCUCUUGCAAGCAUUUGAUGCCAAAGUGGUGACGCAAAAUAUCUGCUUCCAGUAUCCGUCCAUUCAAGCCUUGACAAACGCUUUGACCGAAGCUUCCAAGAACAACAAUGUGGCGUGGGAAACUUUACAAAUUCAGGAAACAGAGAAAUUGCUUGAUCAGUAUUUGGCACGAAGCAAACAGGACUUUAAAACCGUGCAUCCCGUUUCAUCCAAGCCUUCCCAAGACCAAGUGGUACUUUUGACCGGAGCCACAGGCUCGCUGGGUUCGUUUAUCCUUGACAAGUUGUUGCAACAAUCGAAUGUGCGAAAAGUGGUCUGCCUUGUGCGUGGCGAUAAUAUUGGCGAUCGUCUUCAGAAGGCGAUGGUCGAUCGUGGAUUGGAUGCUUCAUUGUUACCGUCCAAGGUGGUGGUGCUUCCUCUCAAAUUACGCGAAACGUAUCUUGGUUUGUCCGAGAAGCAGUAUGAGACAUUGCAAGCCGAAGUGACGAUGAUUCAGCAUUGUGGAUGGUUACUAGAUUUCCAUCAUCCCUUAUCACACUACGACAAGGAGUGUAUUCAGGGCACCUAUGAAUUGCUGAAAUUCGCGAAUAGAUCUCAAGAAUCGGCUAUCCCAUUCCAUUUUAUUUCCAGUGAAUCAACGUGCGGAUCGGGUACUGCUUCCAUCAUUGACGAAGCCCCAUGUCCCCGUGAUGCCACGGUACCCAUGGCCAUGGGCUAUGCUCAGUCAAAGUAUAUCGUGGAGCAUUUGCUGGCGGAACUCCGCACUCAGAAGCAAUUCCCAGCUUACAUCCAUCGUUUGGGACAGAUCUGCGGUGACACUCAACGCGGCGUGUGGAACGAAAGUGAGCAAUUCCCUCUAAUGAUGAUUGGUGGUGCUGUUGGUCUCGGAAAGAUGCCGGCAUUGAGUACACGCAUCGACUGGCUUCCUGUGGAUUACGCCGCCUCGGCUAUUGUGGAGUUGAUGUUAUCUGGAGAUGACGCGAUAUCCAACAGCAACACAUUCGUCUUCCACAUUGUUCACCCUCAGGACCGACCGUGGACCAACUUACUCGAAGCAAUGAAGGCAAAUGGAUUGUCGUUUAAAACGGUGUCACCUUCGGAAUGGUUAGACGCUUUGAAGGCCGAUCCUUCCAACCCUGCUUACAAGCUUUUGCCAUUCUUUGAGGCUCGAUUUACGAAUGCCUUUGAUCUGCCAACAUUGGCUACAAAGAAGACGGUGGAACAGGCUUCCAUUCUUGCUCAAGCUCCGGUAGUCGAUAAAGUAUUGCUUGGCAAAUAUCUGGAUCACUGGCAAAAGACUGGCUUCUACAAGAAAUAACACGUCAGGCUUCCUCUUAAUAAGAUGCAAGUGAUAAUAAAAAAAUAGAUAACAUAUCAUCUGUACAGUAUCCUCCAAUCUGUCAUACUGUAAUAUUAAGAACGAGGUUCGUUUGUUUUUCCAUGUCCAGCUCGAUAUAUUCAAAUAUCAUAUCUAGCAUAUUAGUUAUUUUACGAGAAUUGCAAGAUUUCCAAAUAUCGAUUAUCAGCAGCAGUUAAUGAAUAGCACAAGACGCAAGUUCCUAAUUUCCCUCGCACUUCCUACUUCCUCAUCCAAUCGAAUAAACUUUCUCCAUACUGGAGAGUGAUGAAGAAAAAAAAAAGCUAGGAUUGGGUAGCAAGACAUUGUUGGAGCAUAUAGCGGAGUACAGCAAGCAGAUCAGGCAAGAAGAUUGCCGAGUUUGGAUCA